CUGGCACACGAUCUUUAAAUGGUGCGCAUUCAAUCGACGGCCAGCUGCAGCCGGCUGGCUGCAUGCACCCUCCCACACACGCAUGGCAUGGCAUGCACACGGACGGAGGCAGCACAGCACUGCUUGUGUGUCCGGGUCUUGAUGCAAAGUCCAUCCGGACAGACACCCAUCCAGAUCUCGCUAGCUGUCGUCACACCAGAUCGAUCACGUCACCCACACCCACCAACAAAAAGCAUAGAGCACAUGAAGCACAGCAGCGCUCUCCACCGCACCGCCCGCAAAGUGAGUGAAGGGCACACCCCCAUCUCAUCUAUAUCAUACACACUCAGGGCACUCGUCAAUAGAAAAAACUCUCUCGUACGCAAUGAGUUGGUGGCUUGCUCAAACACCGGGCAGGGCAGGCAUGCCAGCCAGUAGGACACACAACACAAAGAAAAGAGGGAGGAGAUCACUGACUCACUCAGUCACUCACUAGGGUCUGUCGGUUAUGUGUGUGUGUGUGUGUGUGUAAGGGGUAGGCCCGUGUGUCGAUCGUUCGCCUUCCUGCGUGCCAGCGGUGUGCGAUGCGUGCAUCAACGAGAGAUGGCAACACCCUCGUGUGCAAGCAUCACACCCCUCAUAGAAACAGACGGCGAACGAAACGAUACGGCCACACACGACAAAAAUACCACCUUCCGUCCAUCCAUCCAUCCAUCCACCAUCCAUCCAUCCAUCCGUUCGAGCAGCACAGCACAGCACGGCACGACACGGCUCAGCGGCAUCCAUCACAAUGUGCUGUGCUGUGCUGUGCGUUGGCGCGUAUGAACUUGGUUGCUUCAUCCAUCCCAUCCCAUCCCAUCGAACAACCAAACCAACGAGCAAAGGGAGGGAGAAGACAAAGUACAAGUGACUGAGUAAGCGGCUCGUGGGUGAGUGGAGUGAGUGGGUGAGAGGAUGCACUUCAAAGCACAGUCAAUAAAUCAAUCAGUCAGUCACUAGCGGCAAGAGAAAGAGAAGGAGAGGAAAUGCAAGGCAGGCAAGGCAGGAAAAAUCACGGACUGCAUUCGUUCGUUCGUUCGUUUGGCGAGAAAAAUGCCCCAGACACUCCCUUCCUCCCUCCCUCCCUCCUUUGGCCCAGACCCCAGAGAGACAAAGAGAGAGACCACUGCGCCGUUUCAUGUGUGAAUGCCAUCAUUGCCAUGCCAUCAGUGUGAGAGAGACGGGGGAGAACAGACAGACGUCGCGACAUGGAUAAUGUAAUGGUAUGAGUGAGUGGGUGGCGACAACACGACAGCCAGGCAGGCAGGAGGAGACAAAUAGACACGAAUGAGUGAGUCGGUAGGCAUACAUGUCCGGAAGCUGAGAUGGCAAUGGAAGAGAGGGAAACAGACAUACAAAAGGGCUGGCUGGCUGCACACGCACACGGACACACUCAUCGUUAGCUCAUUCCCGCGUCCACCGAUUUGCUCUCACCAAUCAAUCCGCCCCGCCCGUCCGUCGCCUCGGCAAAACUCCUCAGUCCAUCCAUCCAUCCAUCGGAGCCGCUCUCACAUGUCAUGUCGACAGGCAGGCCACGAUCCGCUCGCGUCGCAUCGACCACAGAAUGGUGACAGAGGCCAGAGUGUUGGCGUCUAUCACCUUUGCCGAGGGCCAUGCCACGCAAACGGCACGCAGCACACGUCCGUCGACACACCAGAACCAUCCUUUUCUCUCUCUCUGCGUGCGGGUAAGUGGGCUUUCCUUUCGGAACUCUCUCUCCCCUCUCCCCCUGCGCAGUCGGCCGACGCCAUCCUGUGGGCCUCACAUGUCUCCUUGUGAGGCCACCGGGAUGUCGUGGACAUGCUCCACAGGGUGAAGAGAGGGUGAAAGGCUGGCUGGCUGGCUGGCAGAGGGUCUAAAACUUGAGGAGUGAGCGGCAUGGCUGGGCACUCAUUCAUUCAUUCAUGUCAGCAAGUGCAUGGAUGGACGUUGCUGUGCCGUGUGCAGUGCUGUGCUGCGCGUGCUGUCUCCCUCUCUCGUGUGUGACAGACAGGUCAGCCCGGGUAGGUUUCCCCCUCUCUCACUCACUCGCAGAUAUCAUCUCAUCAGUGGUGUGUGGUCUCUCUGAGACACCAGCCAGUCGAAAAAUGGUGCAGUGAAAGACGGGAGGGAGGGAGGGAGGGAGGGAAGUAAGGAAUGCAGAGCGUCGUCAAGUCAACACAACAUGGAUGGCAUGAGCAUGUAGGGAGGGAGGUUCGUCUCACGCAUGGCAUGGAUGUCCCAAGAGGAAGUAAGUGCACUCGCUGAUCUCUCUCUAGUAGCGCUAUGUCAUGAUCAUUGGCAUCAUCUCAUCUCACCCCCUCUCGUACUCACCAAUCAAGACACCAAGGCUGGCACACAGCACAGACAGACAGACAGACAGGCAGACAGACAGGCCGAGAGGCAUCCUCUCCAAGACUGCACGGACGAAUGAGGGACAACAGAUCAGAUCGUCACACAUAGACCACACCACACCCACCCAAACAUACACGCAUAGCGUAACACACACACGGACAGAGAGAGGGGGGAAAAUAGACAGACAGACAGCACAUACACACACAUACUCGAGAGAGACAUAUACAUCCAUUCAUUCUUACCCACUCCUCCACCCCACGCUCGCUUCCACGCCGUCCGUGUGCUGUGUUGUGUUCCCGACCCACCCAUACCACACCAUACCCCACACCUGACCUGGCUGCUCCCUCCCCAUCGGGCCGAAAAUGGGAGGGAUACUCAGGCGCACGAUCAAUGCCUUUUGAUCCAACACACGACGCACCGCACAGACGGGGCGCAAGGCAAGAAAGCCCUCGGCGAGCGUGUGCAGAUCGUUUUCCAACAUCAAGUAUCACCAGUUGAAAGGCCUCGCUCUCGGUCUCUCUUUCACUGUCUGACUCACUGACACAUGAAUCACAUGACAUCACAGCAUAGUACAAGGCGAUGCAAUCAAUGCACCAUUGCACACGAUGGCUCGGUUUCCGAGAUGCAUUCACACACACAAUCCAUCCAUCCAUCGCCCACCUCUCUCGUCUCUCGGCUCAUAUGAGUCGUCAGUGCCCACGCUCUCACUCUCUAGGUCUGUAUACCACCCACCCCACCAACCAACCAACCAACCGCCCGCCCGACUACAAAUAAGCGUCCGUACUGAGCAGUGAGUGAGUCGGUAUGUGUGUGUAAUGGAUUGCGCGUCUCUCUCUCUCUCUCUCUCUGUGUGCGUGUGUGUGUGUGUGUGUGCAUCCUUGCCCCCUACCCCGCCCCGCCCGUCCAAUGAAUGGGCGUCAGGAACGUCGGAAAAAUCGGAAAGAGAAGAGAGCAGAUGGAAUUCAAGACAGACGAUAUGGUGUGACGUGACAGAGGGAGUGGUAGGGAGGAGAGUGAGAUCAGGCAGGCACAGGCAGGCAUGUUGUGUCGUUUGCGAACCUGUCGCACUUGAUGAGAAGCAGGUACGCAUCGCAUCGCAUCGCAUCACCGAACAGCGAUUGAGCGUUAGGUGGAGCGAGCCAAGCCAAGCCAAGCCACUACACAUACAUACAUACAUACAUAACAUAGACAGACAGACAAGUAACCAGACCAACACCACCAUAGUGAGAAAAAUCGACCGACAUACCAUCCCAUCUCACUCACCGCAGUGCAUUGCACCCCUCCCUCCCUCCCCCCGCCCCCUUUCUCGACACGAUAGAUCGAUUUAUUGACGUGAGCGCUAUACCAGCAGACAGUCGUUGGUGCAUGCCAUGGAAUGCCAUGCAAUGCAGGUGAGGUACAGGCAGGCGUCAAGGAGAGAGAGGCACGAAUGCAUACGCAGCCCAGCCUGCCAGCCCAGGGCGCCUACGCAUCCGUCCGUCCACCCACCAGGUCUGGCCCGCGUGGCAUACCACACCACACCACACAGCAUAGCAUGGCAUGCGUCGAUCCAAUCGACGAGAAAAAUCGACAGACACGUCCAGUCCGAUUAGGCAAAAGCAAUAAAAGAAUAAGCCAUACGACCCCGCCCCCAUUUCAACAGAUCGCCCUCCCCUCCCCUCUCUCCCCCCCUCUCUCUGUCUCUCUUACUCUGAGGCUGUCCAUCCGUCACUCACUCGCCGUGCAGCAGAGAGCUGAGCACGCCGCCCCCGCCCACAUUGUCCGAUGAAACACGCCGGCGCAUUCCGGGCCUCUGCUGCUCCUGCCCUCUCGCCGCGCCAAUCGGCCCGGAAUACGACCGCCCCCUCUGCUGCAGGGCGGUCGCACUCGCACCUUCAGCCGCAGCCGCGCCCACGACCUUCUCCCCGCCGGCAGCAGGAUUCUUCUGCUGUGUGCGUCUCCAUCUGCCAGUGGGUGGGGGCGACUUGGGUGCGAUGCGUGGCGAGAGUGGGGGAGGGGUCUCUGAUGAGCUGGUGGGGGGCAGGGGGACGGGGGGCGCUGACGGCGCGAUGGCGGGGGGCUGGGGGGACACGGGCGGCUCACGCACACACCUACAGACAGAGACGGAGACAGGCAGGUCAGGUGAGAGUGCCUCCAUUCUAGGUGCGUGGGUCUGUGUGUGUUUGGUUACCAAGCGGCCACGACGGUGAUGUCGUCUGCCUUUCCGCCCUUGUGUAUGAGUUUGCGCGAGGCGGCCGCAUUGGAUGCGAACGGGGUGCGGGCAGUGAGGUCCUGCGACCGGUUGAAGGCCGCCUCUGCUAUGGCCGUAGCGAUGUUCUGACAGACAGACAGACAGACAGACAGACAGAGACAAGGAUGGACACAGCCCAGCCCGACGUGGAUGCGCACUCUCCUCUCUCUCUCUGUGCGUGUGUGUGUGUGGUGGUCAAUCAGUGUGUGUGGGUACGCCACGCACCUUUGGCGAAGUGGUGAGGGAUUGGUCGUGCAGCAGCAGCGCCUCGUAUGGCGACAUGGCGAGAUUCGCCAGAGCGGCGAUCUCGUGCUCAAACAAAUUGUCAAACACACCGUCGGUGCCUGCACGUCCGUAUGUAAGUGCCCUGUGGUUGCCCUGCCGUUAGUGUGUGUCUGGUCUGCAUCCAAACGCACCUAGUAUGACGAGGUCUCCUUCCAUGAGGUCGACGGUGGAGAUGUCGGCGCACUCCGGGAGAUCGUGAUUGGCAGGCUCGGGGAUGCCCCGGACCCUUAUAGACAGAUGGAUGGAUGGAGUACACACAUAGAGAGAGAGGGAUGCACUGACUGCACAAGGCGUUUGUGUGUGUGAGGGUCACGGACGUACCAUGAGGCCAGUCGCUGCAGUCCGUUCUGCUCCAGGUAUGGCAGGUCGCUCUUCUUGGGGACCCGCAUCAGCUGGUAGGGGCAGUUGAACCCGUGUUGCUGCUCGACCGUCUUCUUGACCACCUCCAACUCAUACGCUGUCUGACGCCUGGCAGUCAUAUCAUAGCAAACACAUGGAUUGAUGGAUGGAUGCCGUGACGCCGCUCUUCAUCUCAUCUGUCCAUCCAUUCUCACUCACCGGAGAACGAUGAGCCCGGAGUCGCCCAGGUUGGCCACUCCCAGCCGGCCGCCCUCCUCAUCCAAACACGCCACACAGGCAGUGGAGCUGCCCCACGCCCGUGUGUUGGCAUACCCAGCCUUGAGCACCUGCAGCAUCCGCCGCUGCAGCCGAGCCGCACGCGCCUCGUCACGCACAGAGGCAGAGGGGGAGGCCUCGCCAUCGCAGUCACCAGCUGGCGUGGGGGAGCCCCGUGGCGAGCCGUCGGGCGUCUCGGAUGGGCUGCUGGAGAGCUCUGCGUUGUCUGCGAUGACGGAUGCAGUGAUGCGGGGGCGCUUGGCGGAGUGUGCGAGGGGCUUGGGGGCUGGAGUGGGGUCGGGGAGGGGCGCCGAGAGAUCGCGGGUAGAGAGCGUCGCCAACGAGUUGGAAUAAUACGAGAAAUCUGACACACAGGACAAGUGUGACAGACACACACAGGACAGGUUUGGUUUGCGUCGAUCUUUCCCCAUGAUCCGUCCACCUCCCCACCUACUUUUCUCCCGCUCGUCUCUUUCGAGCGCCUGCAUCAGCGGACUGGAUGGCGGCUCCAGCGGCUCAUCGGCCAUCAGCGACUCCCCCUCCAGGCCCCCCUGCCCAACCGGCAGCCCCGGCGACGCCAGACGUCUCGCCGCCUCCAGAGACAGACCCGACGCGCCGGUAUCGUUGUCGUCAGAGUCACACGAGAGGUUGCGGGACAUGAUGGGCAGCGGCGAUGGCGCAGACGCUUUGCGUGCCAUGGCCGCCUGUUGUCUCUGGAGCAGCAGCUGCUGGCGGGCAAUGUGUCGGGUGCGGCGUCUCUCGAGCCGCUCGUUGAUGCGGACGACCUCCCGCUUGCAGCCGUCCAUGAGCUCGUCGGCAAACUGCCGGGCGUUGAGGCCGAGGUUCGUCCACUCGCCCACCCCGUCGGCCACACCGAUGCCCGACCACGCCAGGUCCGUGGACGUCGUCUCCCUGAAGGAAGGAAGAAGGCAAGGACAAACAAGCACACAGAAUGCCACUAGGGUGUGUGGCUGCAUGGCAUGGGUGGGCUGGCUGGUGUGGCUGGUGCGUGCGCUGCGCACCAGAUGAAGAAUGCGUCCUCGCCGCCUCUACUGCGCUUGUCCGGGUGUGGGAUGGAGCACGCCCCAGCUGUCAGCCGCAGCGCCUUCGCGUGGCGCAGGUCGGGCAGAUUCAUCUCCUUGGAAACCAAUGAAUGUGCGAACACAGAAGCGACGAGAACAUGCAAUGCAGGACACGCUCCCGUGCUGUGCUGUGCUGUGCUGUGGGGUGGGGUGCGUACCAGCAUGACGUCUGCGUGAGUGUGCAUAGCGUGCAAGCAAUUGAGGACCUCGGGGGUCCACCCCACAGCCCCAGUGGGGCACACCACCAUCCUCCCGUACCCACCCCCCUCAUCCCCGCUCCCACUGCCCGACGACGACACCGACGAGGGCGACAGAUCGCCGCUUUCGCCGCCCUCGCCGCACUGGAUCGACCUCUUCCUGUGGUGCCGCUUCACGCUCACGGUGGUCCCCAAUGCAGGCGUGGACAGGGUGCGAGGGAGGCCGGCCAGCAGCGACUGGCGGGGGGACUCCGGCUCGGCAUCGUCGUGUGCGUGUGUGCCUGGGCUUCUGGGGGAGGAAGGGUCGCCUGUGGACUCCUUGGUGCUGUCGUCCGAGUCGUGGCGGGCGGCGUCGUACUUGUCGGGCGAGAUGGGGACGGAUCGGGUGCGGGUGGGGGGAGAGGGGAGGCCGAUGCGGGUCGUUGGACGGUACACACGCCUGAGUGAUACACACACACACACAGACACGGGAUGGAUGGCAUGUGGCAUGUGGCAUGUGUGAUGUGUGAUAUGUGGUGGGGCUGUUGUGUUGGCUUACAUGCCGGCCGAGCUGGACCUUCGGCGCUUCUGCAGAUCCUCAAAGCUCUUGGCGUGCUUCAGGGCAAUCUGACACACACACACACACACACAGGCAGACAUGACACGGACAGGGAAAUGCAGAUGGAUGCGCGUGCCGUCGGUGUGGUUGUCAGGUUAGGUGGGGUGGGGUUGCCGACCUGAUGGACUACGAGUAUGUUGAAGAGCUGUCCGUUGUGGCUCUGCUGGAUGGGCAACUUCCGAUCCACCGUCACCACGCCGUCCACGCGAUACUUGUAGAGGUACAGCCCCGGCUGGAUGUGGUCCACCACCUCACGCAACGACAGCCAAAACACACCCGUCCUGAACACACACACAAGCCACGGAAAGGUGGAUGCAUCCAGUGGGUUGUCUUGUGCGUCUGUCUCACUCACUGACCGUGAGCACUUGAACAGUUCGAGGGCGACUGUCCACGGCGGGUUGGUGAAGUUUCCCAUCACCUCUACACAACUAGCACCAGGGGCGUUCCAUCGGAUUAUCGGACCGUCACGCCUGCCCACCAACCAACAGAGACGCCAUACAAAACACACACGUGACCAGAAACCCUCCCUCCCUCCCUUGUCGGCCCGCCCUGUUCUCCCUAUCUACUCACUUGCGGCUGUUGAGCGGCCGCAGCUUCGGCCCCUGCACAUUAUCCCUCCUCACUUGCCGGCCGUCGCUGCUGGCCCGCUGCAGCGCAUCCACCUCAUCGAUGGAGUCGUCACUGUCUCGCCUCCAGGCCCACACGACGGUGUCGUGUGCGAUGGGGUAUGGCGGCAGCACGGGGGAAGGCGUGCCGUCGUCCUCCUUGGGGUUGUUGGCGCCGCCCAUGCGAGUGGCGGAGAGGGAUGAGUCGGAGGGACGGGCGUAUAGUGAGGCGAAGGGGAGGGAGAGCCGGCCGCUGCCGCUCCUGCUGCUGUCUGUCCGCGGGGUGUCUUGCUUGAUGUCGUAUGGGUCGAACAGCAGCCAGUCGUCAUCUUGACGCUCGAUGUAGAACUUGAGCUGCUGGCUCUGAUUCGAUUCACAUGAAUGAAUGACACACGUGGGAGGAAGGAUGCAUUGCAUUGGGUGCCUGCCUUCGUAUGUGGGUGUUUUGACCUGACCGUACCCGAUUGAGAGCGAACUCUGCGAAGCUGUGGUCCAGCCGGGCCCGCUUGUACUCGAGCUGGUUGUUGCGAUUCAAACGGUUCACGCAACUGCAUCCACACCACACACGGACGGACAGAGGCCAGCCAAUAUAGAGACAUGCAUGUCGGCACAAAGAUCCUGUGGGUUUGUGAGGUGAGUGCGGCAUCGUCUCACCGAAGGAAGGUAUGAGUCUUCGCCUGGACAGACAACCAGGGAGGGGAACACACACACACGGGAAAGCGAAAUGCAUCAUGCAUGUUUUGAUGGACACGCAAAGAAUUCGUUCACUGCCUUCCUUCCUUCCUUCUGUGUGACCCUCCCUCCCUCCCUCCCUCACCCUGAUGGGAUUCUCUGUGGUAGCGAUAUUCUCGAGCACAUCGAUAAAGGGGUCAAUGCCACGACGGUCACACCCAUUCUGGAUGAUGAGCGAGUCAUUCCCAUCACAUCACACAGCAUUCAAGACACACCCAUAUGAAUCUGCCGACCGUGUGCCUGGCUCCCAAUGCCCCCACUCACUGCCCUGUCCUCACCUUGCCCACCGCCGCACUCGCUCCCCUCUGGCGGCAAGGGCCUCGGGCGGUCUUCAAAGCAUCGCUCAACGUCAGCCUGACCUCAAGACACGCAAGACACCACCUCGCGACAAUCUCACUGACUCCCAUCCACCCGAACGUAUCCCAUUGGUCUGUCUCAUACGGUGUGCGUGUGGUGGAUGUGCUUACGAUAGGACGGCAGGGUCCUGUGGCUCUGCGUCGCUGUCGUCAUAGUCAGCGUCACGAUUCGGGAAAAAGCGGGCUAUCGCACGACAGAGGCGACGAUAGAUGCUACCCAUUCCUGGAGAAGCGCAGAGGAGGAAGAAGCAACGAACGCGAGAG